CUCUACACUAGCAGCAUGAUCUGCUAGGUCUUUAUAUUACGUCUGUAUGUCUGUAUGUCUGGGCCAAUCGACACGGUCCCUUGGCCCAUGUUCUCAAGGUUCUAGCUCUUUUACCUCAUCCAAUUCACUGCAAUAUUGGCCCAUCACCACAACAUCAAAUCCUGCGUAUUCACCACCAGUCUGUCUGUCUGUCUGUCUGUCUGUGUAUCCAAGAAACGGGCAGACAAAACCGAGGUACGGAGUAGAAAGUGAGCACCAGGACCAGGGAGGAGGAUACUUGCUAAUCGAGCUCAUCCUCCUGGCAGCUGAUAAGGAACAAGAACCGAGGAGGGUACUUUCUUAAGUACCUGGUCUUCCGACUUCCGACAGAACAAGAGGAUCCAAGCAGGACGGACAAGUAGAAGACGGAGGAAGAAGAAGAAAAAAAAAGAGUACACAGUACGGCAGCCCCUCUCCUGACAGCUCGGUCAGAGGCCUUGACUUGAGUCUGGAGCUCCGUCGUCACUUGUUUAUCCCCCCCCCCCCCCCACCUUGCCGGGAUACGGCCAAUGAGCCUGGCUCGGCUGCGCACCUCGACCCUCGAUUACUCCACCAACAACCCCGGACACGAACCAGCCAGCCCGCUUAAUCCACGACCCACGUUCACUUCCCCGAAUCUGGCAGCCUGGUCUGUCUCUGUGUGCUGUGUGUGUGUGUGUGUGCAGUGUGUUUGUGUGCAGCGAGUGAGUGCAUCUGACCUUGGACGAACGACCUCGUCAACACCAACCCAGCGUCUCCAACCUGCUCGCCGCGCAAGCCUGUGCAACCACGCGAUUCUGCGCGACAAUCUCCUGAUCUCACACCCGACCCGAGCACGGCAUUAUAACGCCAGCAGCCUCGCCUCGCCCCUCCUCCCCCACGACAGCCCGACUCCUACAUAUCCACCAUCACCACCGAUCGACCGUCGUCAAGAUGGACCAACAACAGCAACAGGGCAAGCAGCCGUCGCCGGCGUCCUCGGGCACCAGCCUCGACAAGCUCGCCCACCCCAACCUGCCCCAGCGGUCGCCCUCGAGCUCGUCCCUCCACAAGUCGGUCCACUCGCACGCCCACCGCUCCAGCUUCGCCGAGAACCUGCGCAACCACCACGCGCCCCCGUCCCCCCGCACAUCCCGCCACCCCUCCUUCACCCAGGCCGCCGUCCAGGACCUCAUCAACCACCCGCCCUCGUCGCGCCAGCCCAACCCGAGGUUCGCCGGCCGCGACUGGCGCGAGGUCCAGGUCGGCGAGCUGGUCGCCCUCAACACCGACGAGGUGCGCUGGGUCGACCUGGACAGCAGCGUCGAGGAGGCCACCAUGGCCCUGGUCAAGGGCAAGGUCGCCGGCAACUGCGUGCUGGUCAAGGACGGGCCCCAGAACAAGGCCGUCUCCACCUUUGACUACAGGGACCUCAACGCCUACCUGCUCGCCGUCGUCGGCCUGGCCAGGCCCGAGGACGAGCACGUCGCCCUCUACGACACCAUCGCCACCCGCGCCAGGGAGAGGGAGGCCAUCCCCCUCAGGGACAUCCAGCCCAUAUGCCGCCCCGAGCAGCUGCUGUCCCUGCCGCCAGAGACCUUCCUCCCGGGCGCCAUCGAGGUCUUUGGGAGCGGCGUCCACCGCAUGCUGAUCAUGAGCGACGACGGCGAGGUCACCGGCAUCCUGUCCCAGCUCAAGCUGCUCGAGUUCUUCUGGAACGAGGGCAUCAACUUCCCCACCAUCGAGAGGCUGUACCCGGUGCUCCUGAGAGACCUGCAGAUCGGCUCCCAGCAGAUAAUCUCCAUCAACGCCGACGCACCCCUCGCAGAAGCCCUCAUGCUCAUGUCCAACGAGGGCCUCACCUCGGUAGCCGUGAUCGACAACGCCUCCAACGUGGUCGGCAACAUCUCGAGCGCCGACGUGCGCCUCCUCACCUCGGCCGCCUCCCUGCCGCUCCUCCAGUCCACCUGCAUGCACUUCAUCACCGUCAUCCUCUCGGAGCGCGGCAUGGAGAAGGGCCGCGACUCCGUCCCCGUCUUCUACGUCAACCCCUACCAGACCCUCGCCGCCACCGUCGCCAAGCUCGUCGCCACCCGCUCCCACCGCAUGUGGGUCGUCGAGAGCGCGAGCCCCAGCCCCAGCGCCCCCGCCACGCCGCUGCUGGGCCCCGUGGGGCAGGCCACGUCGGCCUGGAGCGCCGGCGGCAGCGCGGCCGCGAUGCAGAGCACGACCGGGCAGACAACCGUGGUGACAGGCAGCAGCAGCAGCAAUAACAACAGCGCCGCGGCGUCGCCCUCCGUCUCGGCCAGCAGCAACACCGCCGCCCAGGCCCAGGCCCAGCAGAACCAACAGCCCUCGGCCCCGCCCUCGCCGCUCCCCAUGUCCUCCUCCGUCUUCUCGCCCACGUCGGGCGCCGCGCCCGGCUCGGCCUCCAUCCCGGCGGCCGCGCUCCCCGGCGCGCACCUGUCGGGCCGCCUGACGGGCGUCAUCUCGCUGACCGACAUCCUCAACCUGUUCGCGCGGUCCUCGGGCCUCAACCCGGCCGACCCGGGCGAGCAGCGCGCCAUGCGGAGGCGGAGCUCUAGCGCGUCGGUGCGGCCGAGCCUGGACGGGGAGCGGGGGAGGGGCAGUUUGGAUUUCAGGAGGUGAGGGUGGUCUUUGGUGUGAGAUGGGUUGGAUUGAGUUUAGUGAGUGGGUGGGCGGUGGGUGAGUGUGGAUUGGGUGCUGGAAUGGUGGUGGCACGAGGAUGGCUGGGUCUUGCAAGUCAUGCUUGAGAGAGUAGGAGAAGCAGCGGCCAGUGGCGUCCGGUCAGGUCAGGCGAGGGUGGAGGGCGCAGAGGCAUUGGGGCCAAAGGUCAGACUGGGAUGGGAGGCUUUCUCUGAUGUGGACGGGCGGACGGGCGGGCGGGUUCAACUAGGCGGGAUGGACCAAUGCAUAUCGAGGCGGCGUUUUAGGAGUUCAUCACGGUGGAUUCAAUAGCUACAUUUUUACUUUCUUCUUUUCCUCUUCUUUCUGAGGACAGUCCAGCCAAGCAAGCAUGCGAGAUAGUUCUCCCUUCUUGUUCUUCCACUUAUUCUACACACAAUAAGAAAGAGCCCUGGCUGUUCUUCUCUUCAACCACUUUAUGUUCUUCUACUUCUGAAUUUGGCUGGUCUCGUUGUUAUAUGCUGUUGCAUCGCGAGGAAUGAGGAAUGCCAUGGAUCUCGUAUCAUGUUUCGGGAGGUUAUUGUACACACAGACUGCCUGUUUAGCCUUUUGGGGUCAGGUGGCUGGAUUUUUUUUUAAUAUCCAAACCAACACUUGAAGUUAUCGACCAAAAGAGCCUUCAAGUGAAGGGCAAAAGAUCAUCACUGAACCCAUCGUGACACCAUUUUGUCUCUGUACUAGUGCCGG